UCACGGCCGGAUAAACAACAGGAUCUUACGUCAUCACGCUGUGCGUCGUUUGUUUGCGGCUUCAGAGGACCGAUGAGAGGAUUUAAACCUGACUGAAGAGAAGAAGGUCCAGUAGAACCAGAACAAGAACCACCAGUUCGGAUCUUUCUGGUUUUCAUCCUGAAAGGUCGGAAGAUUUCCAUCCAGACCCGGGUCAUUCUCCUGACCUCUGACCUCUGUGUCCCUCCAUGGACCCCGGUGACCCCGGCCCAUGUGGCGAUGCAGCGGGCUCCAUCCGGGAGCAGACCAUCGCGGAGAACAGCCUGGUGGUUCUGCUGCAGGGCCUGCAGGGUCAUGUGACCACGGUGGAGCUGCGGGACGAGUCGACGGCGCGCGGACGCGUCCUGAGCGUGGACGCCUUCAUGAACAUCCGGCUGGAGGACGUCGUCUUCCGGGACCGGCGGGGCCGCGCCGUGCGCCUGCAGCAGCUCUUUGUCACCGGGCGCAACGUACGCUAUGUGCACGUACCCGACCGCGUGGACAUCCUGCAGACCGUCCAGAACCAGCUGGCCCGGAUCCACAGGGUCCGGAACUUCGCCAGCCACGGCGGCGGGAGGAGAGAGUUCUGCAAGAACGCCAAGUGACUCGGUUCCACUAUGGACCUGGUUCUGCCAGGUGAUCCAGUUUGGACGUGGAGAUCCCUGGUUCUCAUUGGACGGAAACCAGAACUUCUGGAAGGAUUCAGAACCGGGUUCUGAUUAAAAACUGACUGGUUUUUACUGUUAUUGAUAAUAAAAGUGUCCAAAAAAUCCAGA